GUCUUUUUCUUGGCCAUGAAGGCACUUAACAGUGAUGAGAUUGAUGUGGAAGGUGGUAAAUUGGAAAAAGACCGAGAGAAGAUAAUACGAAGUAGCAAGAUGGUUAAAAUACACAACCAGGCCUUAUUUUCUGGUCUUGCAUAUUGUAUUUCAUCUUGUAGCAUGAUAUUGGUCAACAAGUAUAUCCUUUCUGGUUAUGAUUUUAAUGCUGGAAUAUCUUUGAUGCUCUACCAGAAUUUUGUUUCAGUGGUGAUUGUCUCCUUGUUGAGCUUGUUUGGAGUAAUAACAACAGAACCACUCACAUGGAGAUUGAUUAGGGUCUGGUUUCCUGUGAACAUUAUUUUUGUUGGGAUGCUAAUCACCAGCAUGUUAAGGGGUGAUGUUGGAGGAAAAGAAUGCAAAAGAAAAAGUUGCUGA